ACAUGGCAGUCUUAUGUCUAGAAAAUGCAUGUGCUGAUAAUCAGAUCUCUCCUACACAAGUGAAGCAAAAUAACCUUAGUUUAGGAAUCUGCUCACGUCAGAGUUGAGAGGGAGGGGUUUGGGGUCUGUUGCUGCUGAUGCUGUGGUGUGGAUAUUGCGUUUAUAUUUCUUCUAGUCAUCGCCGCCUUCACUUCGUGCUUGUCAACACCGGCGGCAUUCGCGCCCUAGAUGGCUGCACUUGGUAGUCCUUUGUGAGAUUAUUUUCCCGAGGACUUUUGACCUAUAAGUAAACCAUGACUGACCCAACGACACAAGAUUCCUUCCCCGUCCCGGAUCCCACAAUCGUGGAUCCUUCAGCUGUAAGAAACGGCGUAUGCGCUCCGGAGGCGAACCUAUCCAAAAGACCGAGUCAGGGCGAUCCUUUCAGUAUGGACCGGGACCAAGAGAUGAAAAUCACGGACAGUGUUGAGGGACAAGGUAGCCUGCUGGAAAGCAGCAUGCGACUAAAGCCCCACGAGGCUCAAAAUUACAGGAAGAAGGCAUUGUGGGUGUCUUGGAUCUCCAUCGUGGUGACACUCAUCCUGGCAGUGGCAGCCUUCACUGUUUCAUUCAUGAGACACAGCGCAUCAGCAUUUGGAUUUGCAUUUGACGCCACGUUGGACGUGCUAUCUUCAAUUAUCGUGCUGUGGCGCUAUAGCAAUGCCGCAGCUGUCCACUCCGCCCAUAGGGAGUACAUAGCGUGCGUGGUCCUUGGGGUGGUCUUCAUCUUGUCCUCCCUGUGUAUUCUAGGAAAAGCAAUCCAUGACCUGGCCACCAAGCUGCUUCCAGAAGUGGAUGACUUCCUCUUCAGUGUGUCUAUUGUCAGUGGAAUUGUAUGUAUCAUCCUGGCUGUGUUCAAGUUCCUGCUGGGGAGAGUGCUGACCAGUAGAGCCCUCAUCACUGACGCUUUUAACUCCAUGGUGGGGGGCAUCAUGGGUUUCUCCAUCCUCAUCAGUGCUGAGGUGUUCAGACACCACCCUGAUGUCUGGUACCUGGACGGAUCCAUCGGCGUCAUCAUCGGACUCAUCAUCCUCGCUUACGGUGUCAAACUGCUGCUGGACAUGGUACCCCGGGUGAGACAGACCAGGAACUACGAACGCUUUGAGUGAACGCUCCUAGGACCAGGGUUACACCUGAUGCACCCCCUUCCCCUCCCCGCCCCUCCUCUCUUUCUCUUUCACACACACACACACAUAAGCACACACACACACACACACAUAAGCACACACACACACGCGCACACACACACACACACACACACACACACACACACACACACACACACACACACACACACACACACACACACACACAGGCCCUAGCCUGGAGAGACUCUGAGGGAAAAAUAGUAAAAGACAUUAUGAUGUUGUUGGCGUGUUGGCCAACCUCUCAAUCAAGGUUUUCCCACCUAGCCACCCCCUUCUAACUAUUUGUCUUUACCUCGUGUCCAUCCUUAUUACUAUCCAGAAGGAGGGAAUGAAGAGGGUGAGAAAAAGGAUUAAGAAGAGUUUGGCAUUAACGGCUGGUCCAGAGAGAUCAGCAUUUGUUUGCCAUGUGUAUCUGAACCCACUGCUGUUGCUAAGCGACCUAGAACCCCUGGCAUUUUAAAAGGCACAAGAUCCUUUUCAUAUUGCCCAAACCUUUUUUAUGUUCCAACCCUGAUUAGUACGGA